AUGGAGGAAUCAGAAGAGCAAAAGAUUUCUCGCGCCCUUAAUGACUUAGCUGACUGUGAGCUGGAUCUGGAAAAAGCUGAGAAUGAUGUUCAAAUAUAUCGCUUAAAGCAGUUGCAAAGUAUUUAUGAAAAAAGAGAUGAAACUAUUAAAAUGUUACCAAAAUUUUGGUCAAUUGUAUUGUCUCAAAAUGAUGAUUUUGCCAAUUAUAUUAGAGCGUCGGAUUUCAAAUUCGUUGAUGCAAUUGAAGGCCUGAUCGUGGAUUGGGAAACGCCAAAUGAUUAUAGUAUUACAAUAGAGUUCCACGAAAUUGAAAACGUGCUCAACCCACAAACAAUUAAAAAGCAUUUUAAAUUUAGAGAUGAUGAACUUUUAAGUGAACCAGUUGCGGUGGAUCGGCCUGUAUUAAUAAAUAACAGCGGUGGAAUUAAAUCAAUCUUCGAUUGGUUUGCGUGGACAGGAACCCAAGGGAAGAGAGAAUUUGCCAAUGGGGCUGAUUUUGCCAAUCUGAUAAGUGAAGACAUCUAUCCAUAUUGUGUUAAGUAUUAUACCGAGGCACAAAGAGACGUUCUGGAUGAGGAGAGUUGCAGCGAUAGUAGUGAGGGUGGGCUUAUAACUACAACUGAUGACCUGUGA